GUCAAAGGAACUGGAUAAUUUCCGGUGGGAGUGCUUACUAUGUAUCCACCACAAAAGACAGCUGGGAAGCAGCCCGUCGCGACUGUCAGAACAGACAAGCUUACCUGAUGGUUAUUAACAACCAAGGAGAACAGAAGUUUGCUAAUCAGUUAAAGGAGUACAUGUGGAUCGGACUGACUGACUUGGAGGUGGAGGGGACAUGGAGAUGGGUGGAUACAACUUUAAUGAUGACAAGCUACUGGUCUGAGAGUGAGCCAAAUGGAGACAGAAAGGAAAACUGCGGUAAUAUAAAGAAUUUCAACUCUGAGAGGAGCUGGAACGAUGACGAAUGUUCCAAAAAGCUGCGCUGGAUUUGUGAAAAAAGAAUUUUGCAAUAACCUAGAAAUGCAGAAAUGUGAAAAAUGCAUUUAAUGCUCAAACACAAACAAAAUAACGAUACAGCAAUGCUGCUUCCCAACAAUUUACUUUACAUUUAAAAUGACAGCCAUUUAUUGAUUUGCUGUUUCAUUUAUGUAGUGUGAAAUGCUUUCAGCUAACCCAGCCACAAACUGUAUUUUUGUC